AUGCCCCCAGCCAGAGCGGGAUUUUGCCCCCUGCUGCUGCUCCUACUGCUGGGGCUGUGGGUGGCCCAGGUUAGCACCAAGUCCAAACACAGUUUAGCUCAGUGGUUUGAAACUCAGAGUGUGCAGCCCAGCCCCCAGGGAUGUAAAGGGGUGAUGGGCAACAUCAACAAGCACACACAUCACUGCAGAGGCCUCCACACCUUCCUGCAUGAAGCCUUCCAGUGUGGCCGCCACCUGCCAGAGCCCCACCAAGAAGGCUGCCACCAGAGCCAGAAGCCCCGGUCCCUGACCACGUGUGAGCUCCCCUUGGGAAGGUACCAAGAUCACAGGUACAAAGACAAGCAACUGGACGAUACUCUUCAUCAUGGCCCGUAA